GUUUCUCUAUUGAAGUUAGAUUCUAUUAUAGUUCCAGAACUACAACAAAUACAAUAAACCUGUUAAUUUAUGAACAAAGAAAGUCGGUGAAAAUUAGAAUGUGGUUCAUCUAUGAUUUAUACUUAUUAGGGUGUGACAGACGUCAAAUUUUCUUAUUUAGCAAAUAUGUUGAGAGAAACAAAUACUUUUUGUUUAAAUUAUAGAAACAGUAAAUAAUAUGACAAUGGAUUUGAAUAAAGUUAGUGUUGUUAGAUGGUUUGAGGAUACGAACAAGCAUAGUUGUGGUUACUGUAAAAGUGAAAAUAGUAUAUCACAAGGUAUGUGGGCCGAGAGUCUUACUGUUGACGAUUAUCAAGAACUUAUAGAUAGAGGAUGGCGUAGAUCAGGAAAAUAUUGUUACAAAUCGCUAAUGGAACAAACCUGUUGCCCUUUGUACACAAUAAAGUGUGAUGUGAUAAAUUUUCUAUUAAGUAAAUCACAGAAAAAGGUUAUUAAAAGGUUUAAUAAAUUUCUAAAAGAUGGAAAUAUUAAAUAUGAAGAUAAUAUACAAUUUGAGGAACCUGAUAAUCAUUCUGAUUUACAUCAAAACCAUCCAAAAAUGAAUUUAAGUGAUUUAAGUGCAAGUAUAUCCAACAGUAUACAACAAAAUAAUCUUACAUCUAUAGAAACACCUUCUACAUCUAAUACUGAUGAAAUUGACCUGAAUGAAAUGGAUAAUUUGCAACAGAAAACUGAAAAAAUAUGUGAUAAAGCAUCUAAUUCUAGUCAAUUGAAGGUGAACACAAAGACACCAUUAAAAGUAGGAGUUGGUGCUGAUCCCACUAAACCACCUUGUAAAAAAGCUAAGAUAUUAAGAAUUGAAAGGAAAAAGGCAAAAGGUUUACAAUUUCAAAAAAGUCCACCCGUGUCUAAUCAAAAAAGUUUAGAACAGUUCCUUGAAGAGGUUUCUGAAAAUGAUAAAAAAAAAUUGCGAAUGUGUUUGAUUCCAACCAGCGUUCCGAAUUCUACAUGGAAAGCAUCAGAAGAUAUAGAAUUUCAAUUAUAUAAAAAGUAUCAAAUGGUUAUUCAUAAUGAUCCGCCUAGCAAAUUAUCAUUAGAUGGGUUUGACAGAUUUUUAGUGAAGUCUCCUUUGAAGCCUAAACAAUUUCCUGAAGGUAUAGAUGGUCCAGGAUAUGGAUCUUUUCAUCAACAGUAUUGGAUAAACGAUAGAUUAAUAGCAGUAGGUGUAAUAGACAUUUUGCCUAGGUGUGUUAGUUCUGUUUAUUUUUUCUACGAUCCUGAUUAUAGAAGUUUAACGCUUGGAACGUAUGGAUCUUUGAGGGAGGUACAGUUAACGCGUUAUUUGCAGAAGAAUCUACCUCAUUUAUCGAGUUAUUAUAUGGGUUUCUACAUUCAUUCUUGCCCUAAAAUGAGAUACAAAGGAAAAUUAACUCCAUCAUAUUUGGUUUGCCCAGAAACUUACCAUUGGGUUCCUAUCGAAAAAUGUAUUAGUUUAUUAGAAGCAAAUAAGUACUCCAGAUUAGAAGAAGAUAUUGAUGCUAUAGAUGAAAACCUUCCCACCCAGAGAGAUAUUUCAGAAAUUCAAGUUAUUUAUCAACGACAUCUCAUGCGUUAUGAUGAUUUUGAUGAAUUUGGAGAUGAAUCGGAAAAAUUUAAACUUAUAGCAAAUUUUAUUGGCAAAAAAUGUUGCAGAUCUCUUAUUUUUUGGGAACAAUGAUAUUAUAUUAAAUUGAAUUUUGUGCAUUUUCUUAUUUUAUUAUGAACAAUGGAAAUUUGAUAGAUUUCACUAGAAAUAAUUAAACUUAACAAACAAUCUAAGUAUGUAAUUAUUUCAGCAAAAGCAACAGAAAGAUUUAUUUUCCAGAUAAUAUAAUAAUUUAAUAAAGCCAAUACUAGUUUCAAACCAUUUGAACAAAAUCAAAUUAGGAGUCAUAAAAACAUUUUCAAAAAUAAAGUGUUUGGUUUAUUGAAAACUUACUAUUAGUUCACAAUGAUUGAAAUAAUAUUACAAUAUUCUAAUUUGCCUCACUGAACACAACUGUUAACUAUCCCCAUGCAUCAAAUAGUGUAAAUGUGAGUGUUGGUUUUAUUUUAGUAAACGUGCUCAGAAUCAUUAAUUUCAACUGAAUUUGUGUUAUCCUAUUUUCCAGUUUUUAACAUCUACCUUUAUUUUUUUAUUCAUAAUUUUGUAUUUUCCUUCUAAUAUUUCAUGCUACGAAACUUCCAUAUUAAUUUCACUUUUGACAGCUUCUGCUGCUUCAUUCAUUUCCAGACCUUCUAAAGUAUACGCCAAAUUCUCUAGCGUAGCAUCUUCAUCAUCUUCAAACCAUAAUUGUAGUAAGUUCCGCGCUUGUUCUAUUGGGGUAGGGUUCUCUUUUUCAAAAAA